AGGCUCUGGGCAGAAGAGCUGGCUGAUGAUGGAGAGGACUGGUACCCAGCCUCUGACUGCUGAGCCUUCCCCGCUCCUGGGGGAGAUGAGACUGGGUUGAGGAGAGCAGAUCAACCGGCUGGUGAUCGGGCACGACAGCACGGGCAUGCACGCCAGUUGGUUCCUGGGCAGUGUCCAGAUCCGAGUGCCCCGCCAAGGCAAGCAGUACACCUUCCCUGCCAACCGCUGGCUGGACAAGAACCAGGCCGAUGGGCGCCUGGAGGUGGAGUUGUAUCCCAGCGAGGUCAUGGAGAUCCAGAAAUUGGUCCACUACGAGGUUGAGAUCUGGACGGGGGAUGUGGGCGGCGCAGGCACCACUGCCAGAGUCUACAUGCAGAUCUAUGGUGAGGAAGGCAAGACAGAAGUGCUCUUCCUCUCCAGCCGCUCAAAAGUUUUUGACCGGGCCUCCAAGGACACGUUCCAGCUGGAGGCGGCAGAUGUGGGUGAGAUCUUCAAGAUCCGGCUUGGGCACACGGGCGAAGGCUUCGGGCCCAGCUGGUUCGUGGACACGGUGUGGCUGCGGCACCUGGUGGUGCGGGAGGUGGACCUCACACCGGAGGAGGAGGCUCGGAGGAAGAAGGAGAAAGACAAACUGCGGCAGCUGCUCAAGAAGGAGCGGCUGAAGGCCAAGCUGCAGAGGAAGAAGAAGAAGAAGAAGAAAGGCAGUGAUGAGGAGGAUGAAGGGGAGGAGGAGGAGGAGUCCUCUUCGGAAGAGUCCUCGUCCGAAGAGGAGGAGGAGGAAACGGACGAGGAGGAGGAGGAAGAGGAGGAGUUCGGGCCGGGGAUGCAGGAGGUGAUUGAGGAGUACAAGUUCGAAGCCCACCGCUGGCUGGCCCGGGGCAAGGAGGACAAUGAACUUGUUGUGGAGCUGGUGCCGGCCGGCCGGUCGGGUCCUGAGCCCAACACCUAUGAGGUCCAAGUGAUCACAGGGAACAUGCCCAAGGCCGGCACUGAUGCCAAUGUCUACCUGACCAUCUAUGGCGAGGAGUACGGGGACACGGGCGAGCGGCCUCUGAAGAAGUCGGACAAGUCCAACAAGUUUGAGCAGGGGCAGACAGAUACCUUCACCAUCUACGCCAUUGACCUGGGGGCCCUGACCAAGAUUCGGAUUCGCCAUGACAACUCGGGCAACAGACCAGGCUGGUUCCUGGAUAGGAUAGACAUCACCGACAUGAACAACGAGAUCACGUACUACUUUCCGUGCCAACGCUGGCUGGCGGUGGAGGAGGAUGAUGGCCAGCUAUCCAGGGAGCUGUUGCCAGUGGAUGAGUCCUAUGUGCUGCCACCGAGCGAGGACGAGGAGGGUGGGGGAGGUGGUGACAGCAACCCCCUCGACAGCCUGGCCCUGGAGCAGAAAGAUAAAUCUACCACAUUCUCGGUGACCAUAAAGACCGGGGACAAGAAGAAUGCGGGCACAGAUGCCAACGUCUUCAUCACGCUCUUUGGCACGCAAGAUGACACUGGAAUGACCCUCCUGAAAUCCUCCAAGACCAAUAGCGACAAGUUUGAGAGGGACAGCAUCGAAAUCUUCACAGUGGAGACCCUGGACCUGGGAGAUCUGUGGAAAGUCAGGAUGGGCCAUGACAACACAGGCAAGGCUCCGGGCUGGUUUGUAGACUGGGUAGAGGUGGACGCCCCAUCUCUUGGAAAGUGCAUGACGUUCCCCUGUGGCCGCUGGCUGGCCAGGAAUGAAGAUGACGGGGCCAUCGUCAGGGACCUCUUCCAUGCGGAGCUUCAGACGAGACUGUACACGCCAUUUGUCCCUUACGAGAUCACCCUCUACACCAGUGAUGUCUUUGCUGCUGGUACAGACGCCAACAUCUUCAUCGUCAUCUACGGCUGCGAUGCUGUGUGCACCCAGCAGAAGUACCUGUGCACCAACAAGAGGGAGCAGAAGCUGUUCUUUGAGAGGAAGUCCGCCUCCCGCUUCAUUAUGGAGUUAGAAGACGUGGGAGAAGUUAUUGAAAAAAUUCGGAUUGGCCACGAUAAUACAGGCGUAAAUCCUGGGUGGCACUGCUCCCACGUGGACAUCCGCAGGCUCCUCCCAGAUAAAGACGGCACAGAGACCUUGACUUUCCCUUGUGACCGAUGGCUUGCCACGUCGGAGGAUGACAAGAAGACCAUUCGAGAACUGGUCCCUUAUGACAUCUUCACUGAGAAAUACAUGAAAGAUGGGUCCUUAAGGCAAGUCUACAAGGAAGUGGAGGAGCCUCUGGACAUUGUGCUGUACUCCGUGCAGAUCUUCACAGGAAACGUUCCCGGAGCAGGGACGGACGCCAGGGUCUACAUCACCAUCUAUGGAGACCUGGGGGACACUGGGGAGCGGUACCUCGGCAAGUCAGAGAACCGCACCAACAAGUUCGAGAAGGGAACGGCCGACACCUUCAUCAUCGAGGCUGCUGACCUGGGCGUCAUCUACAAGAUCAAGCUCCGCCAUGACAACACCAAGUGGUGUGCAGACUGGUAUGUGGAGAAGGUGGAGAUCUGGAACGACACCAACGAGGACGAGUUCCUGUUCCUGUGUGGACGCUGGCUGUCCCUGAAGAAGGAGGAUGGGCGGCUCGAGAGGCUCUUUUAUGAGAAGGAGUACACUGGGGACCGGAGCAGCAACUGCAGCAGCCCUGCUGACUUCUGGGAGAUCACCCUGAGCUCCAAGAUGGCCGACAUCGACAUCGCCACAGUGACUGGGCCCAUGGCUGAGUACGUUCAGGAGGGCCCAGUUAUUCCCUACUAUGUGUCGGUGACCACUGGGACACACAAGGACGCCGCCACCGACAGCCGGGCCUUCAUCCUACUCAUCGGGGAGGACGACGAGCGGAGUAACCGCAUCUGGCUGGACUACCCCCGGGGGAAGAGGGGCUUCAGCUGUGGCUCUGUGGAGGAGUUCUAUGUCGCAGGCUUGGAUGUGGGCGUCAUCAAGAAAAUAGAGCUGGGCCAUGACGGGGCCUCCCCGGAGAGCUGCUGGCUGGUGGAGGAGCUGUGUCUGGCCGUGCCCACCCAGGGCACCAAGUACAUAUUGCGCUGCAACUGCUGGCUUGCCAAGGACCGAGGCGAUGGCGUCACCUCCCGUGUUUUCGACCUCCUGGAUGCCAUGGUGGUGAACAUCGGGGUGAAGGUGCUCUACGAAAUGACGGUGUGGACGGGUGACGUGGUCGGCGGUGGCACCGACUCCAACAUCUUUAUGACCCUCUAUGGCAUCAACGGCAGCACGGAGGAAGUGCAGCUGGACAAAAAGAAGGCCAGAUUUGAGCGAGAGCAGAACGACACCUUCAUCAUGGAGAUCCUGGACAUUGCUCCAUUCACCAAGAUGCGGAUCCGAAUUGACGGCCUGGGCAGCCGGCCAGAGUGGUUCCUGGAGAGGAUCCUCCUGAAGAACAUGAAUACUGGAGACCUGACCAUGUUCUACUAUGGAGACUGGCUGUCCCAGCGGAAGGGCAAGAAGACCCUAGUGUGUGAAAUGUGCGCCGUCAUCGAUGGGGAGGAGAUGAUGGAGUGGACUUCCUACACUGUCUCAGUUAAGACCAGUGACAUCCUGGGAGCAGGCACCGAUGCCAACGUGUUCAUCAUCAUCUUUGGGGAGAAUGGGGACAGCGGGACCCUGGCCCUGAAGCAGUCGGCCAACUGGAACAAGUUUGAGCGAAACAACACAGACACGUUCAACUUCUCUGACAUGCUGAGCCUGGGCCACCUCUGCAAGCUGAGGGUCUGGCACGACAACAAAGGGAUAUUUCCUGGCUGGCACCUGAGCUAUGUCGACGUGAAGGACAACUCCCGCGAUGAGACCUUCCGCUUCCAAUGUGACUGCUGGCUCUCCAAGAGUGAGGGCGACAGACAGACGGUCCGUGACUUUGCCUGUGCCAACAAUGAGAUCCAGGAUGAGCUGGAGGAGACCACCUACGAGAUCGUCAUAGAAACAGGCAACGGAGGCGAAACCAGGGAGAACGUCUGGCUCAUCCUGGAGGGCAGGAAGAACCGAUCCAAAGAGUUUCUCGUGGAAAAUUCUUCCAGGCAGCGGGCCUUUAGGAAGGGAACCACAGACACAUUUGAGUUUGACAGUGUCUACCUGGGGGACAUUGCCUCCCUCUGCGUGGGCCAUCUCGCCAGGGAGGACCGGUUCAUCCCCAAGAGAGAGCUCGUCUGGCAUGUCAAGACGAUCACCAUCACUGAGAUGGAGUACGGCAAUGUGUACUUCUUCAACUGCGACUGCCUCAUCCCUCUCAAGAGGAAGAGGAAGUACUUCAAGGUAUUCGAGGUCACCAAGACGACGGAGAGCUUUGCCAGCAAGGUCCAGAGCCUGGUGCCCGUCAAGUAUGAGGUCAUUGUGACGACAGGCUACGAGCCGGGGGCAGGCACUGACGCCAACGUCUUCAUAACCAUCUUUGGGGCCAAUGGGGACACGGGCAAGCGGGAGCUGAAGCAGAAAAUGCGCAACCUCUUCGAGCGGGGCAGCACCGACCGCUUCUUCCUGGAGACGCUGGAGCUGGGUGAGCUGCGCAAGGUGCGCGUGGAACAUGACAGCAGCGGCUACUACUCCGGCUGGCUGGUGGAGAAGGUGGAGGUCACCAACACCAGCACUGGAGUGGCCACCAUCUUCAACUGUGGCAGGUGGCUGGACAAGAAGCGGGGGGACGGGCUCACCUGGAGAGACCUCUUCCCUUCUGUCUGAGGGCUGGAGGCCCUGACCACACCUUCCUGCCCCCACCUGGGCUUUCAGCAGUCCUUUCUCGAAGCCUCCUGGAGCUGGGACUGGGGGCUAGAAGGGUGGCGUGUGGCGCUGUGGACCAGAACUUCCUGGUCCUUCAGCGUCUACUGUGGGCGACCACUUUCGGGGUCCUGCCCCUACCCGGUCUCCUGGACCUACAGGAAUCCAUCAACAUGUGUCAUAGUUCAUGGCUGCACCAAAGUAACUUUUUGCAUUUUCUUCUCCAAUUAUAGUGGUGACCAGGCUGAGACACGCUGCCGGGUGUGGACGGGAAAUUGGGGCUUCACCCAGGGGAUAGAAGUGGGGAAGAAGAGGCCAUCAUGAUGGUGUAUUUUAAGCAAAAACUAAUUAACACUUUUUUCCCAAAAAAGCUGGGCUAAUUAAAUUAUUACCAACCACACUCCACAAAGAACUCAUCUUGGCAUCUGCUCACUAAGAAAUGCAUCCUUUUUUCCCAUUUUCAAUAAAUCCAGUGGCAAACAGAGAAAACAUCAGGAGGAAGUGUUUUGGCUGUGGGGAUUUAUGAGCCUGUGAAAAGGUACAUGACCCUUGCCAUCACUUUGCAAAGAACAAAUCUCCGGGUGUCCUCUGGUUGCCCCACCCUGUAAUAACACAGUUGAGACCCAGAGACCUGAGCAGAAGGUGGUGGGGACGGUACCUGGGAAAGCCUGGGGGAGGAUCAGGCGUGGGGGGUCUUUAUGAUGUAUCACUGUUGGCUCCCUGUGGGCAAUGUGGACUGAGAGCUGCCCUCAAGGGGAACGUGACCUUGAUGGAGAGGUAGCAGGAGAACCACACGCUCACGUGCAUGCACAUACAUGUGCACAGACAUGCACACUCUCUGGACAACAAUCACAAAGAGAUCAGGAAGCCGAAUUCACAGCACCUGACUUCCAAUUGUCCUGCGGGGGUGGGUUGAGGGGGCCCUGAGGGGGAAAGCGAGGUGGCCAUUGAAAGCACAGGCUCGGAGGCUGCCUGCCUGGGCUGGAGUUCCCAGUCCACCUCCUACCUGCUGGGAGAGCUUGGGCACAUUAUUUCAUCUCUCGGGGCUCAGUUUCCUCAUCUGUCAAACAGAGAGAAUGAUGAUACCUACCUCCUGGGUUGUUAUGAAGACUAAAUGAGUUAAUAUGCAGACAGUUGUAAUCCAGCACCUGCACUGAAGGGUGACUGUGUCCAUUGUGUUGAACAAGCAAGACUCAAGGGGGCUGGAGUCGGGGUGGGAGGAGAAGUAACCAUUAAACAGCUUUAUUUGUGUCUUUUCUGUGGAACGGGUUCUGCUUCUGUCCCCGAAGAAAAUUUAGGCAAGCCUCGCAACUCUUCUGGACUCUUUUAGGUCAUAAAAAGUCCAACAACCAUUCUAAGUCACAGAGUCGGUGUCAAUUCUGUAAUUUAAAGGUCCAGCUCCAAUAUAAAGGUGAAAACGUCACACUUAGAGUUAUUUCCUCUCAUCCCCCAGCAUAGGCAUGUCACAGGCAUGAACCGAAGUGAAGGAGGAGUGUGUGUGGGAGUGUGCACGUGUGUGGGAGUGUGAGUGUGGGGUCACCUUCACCUCUUUUUCUCUCCCUCACACUUUUCUUCCUGCUUCCUCUUCCUGCUGAUGCUGUUUCUUACUCCUCCACGGAAGAGACGGGAAAUGAAGGGAGCAGGCAGCAUCCUCUUGGAGGGGUGCUAUUGUGGUCGGGGUCUUUCUUUCUGGACUAGGGGGAGUUUGGACCCCUGCUCUCACCUGCACUUGGGUGGGCUCGUUCUCAGUCCCUUCACCCUUCCACUCUGUUUUCUUGUUCAGGAUGUAAGACACCUUAUAAGACGUCCUCCAGCAUCCUUUGCUCUGACAAAUUCGGCAUUCAGGCCACUCAUCUUUGCCAUCAGUGGCCAGCCAGCCAAAUCUCAUCCCUGUGAUUUCUCUGGACGGGGCAGGGCACUAUGUCCUCAACUGAGGUGGACUCAUCCGCCUCUCCAAAUAGGCCUGUUGAAGCCUCAAUCACUUUGCCAAGAAGAAGGGGGUACCCCCAGCCCACCUGCAGCUCUUUCUGAGUGUCCUGUCCUCAGAUCCAUGACCCCCUUCUCAGCCUCUCCAUCCUCUGUCAUAAUUUGAAGGAGGAUGAUCAGUUCAAAGCUCAAAACAGUUAUCUCCCGUGCCCUCUGGCAAGUGCCGUGUGGUCUCAUGUGGAGGGUCGCAUCUACUGUCUUGUGGAUCCAGCCAAAAUUGGUACAGGAACAGCCUCACGUCGUGUUGCCAAUGUGUUCAAUAAAUGUUGGCUUACUCUUGUUGGGAUAGGGCAGACCUGGUUUGAUGACAUCCCCCAUGACCUUAGUCGACGUUUCUUCCAUCCUUACCUGCCCUGCCUCCUCUGCUUUCCAGAGAGGACUUGUCUAGGUCUGAUGAAACUACAGCUGUAAAAGUCCCAUAAAAACCUGUUAUACCUUUGGUUCAUUCAGGGACCUCUCACGUUCCACCUGGUUCCCCAAGUUCCCAGGACCUUGGCCAUCUCCACUGUGGGCAAGUUACCCACAGCUUCAGACCCAGCAUGUUGCUCUCCAGCAAUGCCACAGUCACUGUCCUCUCUGCCGUGCCUCUGCUAGGACUGUCCCAUCUGCUUGAAGUCUCCUUGCCACCCAUCCAUCCACCCCUCCAUCGCACCAUGUUAUGAGGCCCCAUGCUAGUCUAACCUCUCUGCUUUAUAGGAGCAGAAACUGAGGACCAGAGCAGGUCUCUGACUCACUGAGGGUCCCAUGGGGCAAAGCUGGGCCAGAACUAGGCUUCUGACGCCCUUCACACUCUGUGGAGGAGGUUGGGGCUAGAUGUGCAUGGUGGCAGAGGGGGGAAAGCGAGGGGGGCUGGGAAUCUUGCAGAAUUCAACAUCUGUUGGAUCCCAUCUCCACAGCCCUGCUUCUUUGGGCUGGGCACUGCCUUUCCCUAAGGGGCACUGGGGCCCUUGGUGAGUUAUAUUGUUCGAGACCCUACAGUCCUCGUUCCUCCACCCAGGCUGUGCCGAGGCUGAAGGUGAAGGGUGGGGAGAAUUGCUCACAAGGGCACUGGGGGGCAGGAUGGAAAAGGCCAACCCACUGCUGCAUUCUGCUCUCACCUGCCUGCUGCCCCCAAGCCUGCCCACUACCCUGAGGAAGGAACGAGGGGGCUUUGCUCCAGAUCUCAGCCCAUCUGCCCCUGCUCUGGGCUCUGCCUUUCAAUUCCCCUCUCUUCCUUACAGGCAAUCACAGCAAUGCCCCUCUUGGCGAGGGCAGAAAGCAAAGCUGAGGUUUGGGUGAAGCAAGCAAGAAGCCCAGGGUGCAAAGUUUGAGGAAGCUCUCACCCUCAGGCUCGUGCAAAGGCAGGGCUGGCACCCAAGAGUGAGGGCUCCUUACAUGUU